AGACACCUCCCGCCUGAACCGCCGCUGAGUCACAGAUGACAAUGACCGACCUGGAGACCUCGAUGGCGACCAUCAUUGCGGUGUUCCAGAAGUAUUCGGAGCGAGAAGGAGACAAACACAAGCUGAAGAAGAGCGAGCUGAAGGAUCUGCUUCAUGACGAGCUGCCAGACCUGAUGGGGCACGUGAAGGACCAGGCGACGCUCGACAGCCUGAUGGAGAGCCUGGACACCGACGGCGACGCAGAGUGCGACUUCCAGGAGUUCAUGACAUUUAUCUCCGUGGUUACCGUCUGUUGCCACGAGUUCUUCGAGCACGAGGACGAGUAAGGGGGAGGCGAGGACGGCGGCAAAGGGCGAGCUACAGUAAAUUAUAAAGAAAACGAAGAAGAGGCCUAGCAACGCACAACCUGUCAGUGCCUUCGGAGCAGAGCGGGGUGGGAAAACACAACUCCAGCCAGCAGCCAAAACAUUAUCGUUGAGGUUGGCUGGUGGCUGGAGUCCAGUGAACAGUCCAGUGUAGCGGCUACUUUAGCAAAAAUAAGCUCAAACGUUUAAAGAUCCUGUUCUUUUCUGUUUGACUCUAAAUAUCUAGUUGCCUGUAGAGUCUUUGAAAUGGCUUUGGGAUUUUGGUGCAGCUGCGAAGUUCGUCUACGCUGCACAUAAUUAGCAUUUAGACUUUUGUUAGGUUGUGGCUCAUAAGUCAGUCAACCAACUACUUAGAGGCACACUUGUUCGAUAAAUCUGGUCAUUUAAAAAACGUUUGACUGGCUGAAUCCAGCUACUAAAGAAGGAACAACAUUUCACACAAUAGAAAGAUUUUUCGAGGCCCUGAUUGGCUGCAGAAAUUGGCCGCAUUUCUAGACUUUUUAACAGCCACCAAAUCCCAUUCUAUAAACCAAGCUGUUUAAAAGACUUUAAUGUGUUCAUAAGACAUUAGGUGUGGCUGCCAACGUUGGCUACCGUGUUCAGAGAAUAGGCAAUCAACAAUUCAAGGUAGUGAAGUAAAAAAAAUGUCUGUUAAGUUCAUCUAAACCUAUUCAUUCAUCUAAAACCAUUUGGAGGUCCUGUUUUAAAAGAUUGCGGCGGGUGUAUUUCAGACGUGGCUCGUAAGUUCGUCAAGCAGCCACCAAUCACUCUUUUGAGAUUUUGCACGGAGCAUUAUGAGCGGAGAAGGCGGCUAACACUUCUAAUCAACGCCACUCUGGGAGUCAAACACCUGCUCAGAGGCACCUGUUUGUGAAAGACCACGUUGACUAUCAAAGACUGAGAGUGGCUUGUAAGUUAGUUGCCAUUUAAAACACAUUUGAUUGGCUGGUAAAAGUUUUAAAACGGCUUGUGAGCGUUGAAAUAUAACGUAGACGCCACUCUGGACGCCUCAGUUUAGGAGGAAGUGACUGCUAGCUUCGUUAAACACAUUUAAUUGGCUAGUAAAUUUUGAAAACAGCUUUUGAGUGUUUUUUUUCUUUGCUUUAGCUUUCAGUUUGGUAGAAAACAACUAUGAUUUAAAACUAUAUCAUAAAAUAAAAAUAUGGCUGCUAGAUUUUGGAUGUCGCCGUAACUUUUUUUGCAUUUAUUUGAUGUUGUUUAGCUCUCGCUUUAGUCUUGUUUAGAAGCUCUUUUUACUUCAUAUUACAGUAGCUGGUAAACAAGUAAUUAUUUGAGUCGUAAGAUAGUCCAAAUGUUGGCUGCGAAAGUAAUCGAUUCAAUGAAUUAGCAGCCGCUAUUGUCUGUAGCAGAGUUUAGUUCAACCAACAAUCCGAUUCAACGUGUUAGAAUAAAAAAUGUCGUUUCAGUGUGCAACUCUUCAUGCAAAGAAAACGUACGGUCAGUCGGAACGCCAUCGGUCGGUUUGGUGACGUGUGUUUUGAAAUGUUGAGCGCUGGUUUGUCUGGAUG